UUGUUAUUUUAUCAUGUAGGCUACUCAUUGACACUCUUCUAGACAUUUUUUUGAUAUGGUUUAAAAGUAAAGUACAUAAAUAAAAACAGCGCUAGGUCAAAGAUGGAACAAAUUAUAUCAGGAAUAUUUCUUUCUGAUCAUUCUACAAAGGAGAAAAAGAAACUGUUUCAAGUUGUUCUGACCUCUGUGAAAAGCAAAACUGAAUCUUUAACACAAGAGCAGCAGAUUCGAAUUUUUGAAAACUGUUUUAAUUUUUUUCUCAGUGGAGAUGAAUUUCACAGCAGAUAUGCUGGCAAUAUUAUCACGGAAUAUUUACCUUUUUGUAAAGAAGCAUUGGAUACUAUGAUGAGUGGAAAAAAAGCGGAGGAAAUUGUAAUUUCUGAUGAUAAUCAAAAUACGCAGAAAAAUGCCAGAACUUUAAUGCGGCGCGUGAAAUUAACUAAUAUUUUACUAACUGGUACGCUACCGGAGUCAAAAUCUCAUCGGCAUUUUGUUUUAAUUAUGAAGAGUGAAGUUUUACGACUGAUGUACGAUAGCAAGGAGCAUGUCAGCUUUGCUGAGAUCUGCCGACUUCUUAUAAAGCACCCCACUUGUAUGCCUCCAAUGAACAGAAAUUUUCCUAUGUGUACUUUAUCAAUUCACGCUAUGAGUGACUUUGUCUUAUUACAAGAAGAUGUGAAAAACAUAAACAACUAUAUCCAAGAUGUGCGUGAUGUGGCAUUGUUAUUGAACCAUAUUUGGACAAAAGCUCCAAACCUCCUAUUUCCGUCACUAAAAGAAGUUUUUGAUAUUCUGUCAAAUAGUAACAUCACUGCUGAACCUUCAAAUGCAUUAGGUUGCUUGGUGGAGCUCAUACCAUGUGAAGUAAUUGAUCAAGCUGUGAAACAAAUCACACAAGACAUGACAGUCCAGGACACCAAUAUGUAUCUAGCACUUAACCGUAUGGUUUCUUGGCUUGGCUGGCCAACAGCACAGAAAACUCAUCUUUGGAUUUUAUCUUUUUUUAAACACUUAGCGGAACUAAAUAAGUUUCAAAUGCUGAUAGAUGUCACUCUAAAAUCAAUUGGAAAAGUUGUAGCUUGUAUAAGACUUCCUCAUGUUCGACCGUCAGCAGUUGCUGUGCUUGUUCAUAUGUUAAUGAGUUGCCAACUUUCACCUGAUGCAUUUCAUAUUGUAGUUUCACAAAUUCCAAAGCUUUUACAGUUUUUAGAAGGCGAAAAUAAACCACAAGAAAAUGAAACAUAUAUUAAACAACUUGCCAACUUAUGCUACUGUAUGAUGCAUCUACAUUCUGGUUUUCCAGAUUUAUAUGAUCCACUUAUUCAUGCAAUAAGUAAACACCCCAAACCAAGUGAAGAAGAAAUCAAUGGGGUUUUAAAAUGCCCGACGUGGUCCGCUUCUUACGUUUCCACGUACCAUUAUUCAUAUCAAGUCGCACGACGCUCGACCGAGACCAACAUGGCAGGCCUCGUAAACAUGGGCAACACAUGUUUUAUGAACAGCAUUAUACAAGCAUUGUACAUGGCAGAAGAGUUUCGUCAAUUGGUACUUGUAAAAUCGCGUGAAUUCCCUACUACCUCAAUAUCAAGAUAUCUUGAAAAAACUUUCGCUUUUCUUUUGAAAACGAAACGUGAAGCCUUCCAACCAACGGAGAUGGUCGAACAUUCAAAACCUUCAUGGUUUUCCCAUGGCGCUCAACAGGAUUGUUCUGAGUAUGUUAAAUAUUUGCUAGAAGCAUUGAAUGAGGAAUUCAAGGAACACUCGAAAGGGACUAAAGAUUCUGUUGCACAAGCUGGAACAUCUGCAACAGAAAGCCCAGCAGCUAAAGUGCAGAAACAAAGCAAAGAAAUAUCAAUAUCUGAGUUUUUCCAUGGAAGAGUUAAAACUUUAAUAAAAUGUUCAACUUGUAAAUUCGUUUCAACAAGAGAAGAAGAAUUUCUUGACCUUGCGUUACCCCUAAAUAAAGCCUAUGAAAGGGAAACACCCUCAACUGGGUCAGGGGGUUGCGAGUUGGGGUUAAAACCGGAAGCUUCAAACCCCCAACCCAGCACCUCUAAUCAGGGGCGAGAAAAUACAGGUUCACCCAUGGAUACUGAAGGAGCUACACCAUUUGUGGGUGGUGAAGAUUGUACUGUGCAUGGUAGGGCUAUACAGGUGGAGGAAUCAAUAGAAGAAAACACAGAAGAAGAUGUUAUCUCAAGGAAUCAUGAUCUGGAUGAUCUUAUUCAUCAAAAUCUUGUGGAUGAAACCUUGGACGGAAGUAAUAAAUAUAAAUGCCCAAUAUGUGAUGAUUUAAGAAAAGCACAAAAGAAAACUGUCUUUACAAAAUUACCUGUUUAUUUGAUGAUUACUUUGAUGAGAUUUACCUACAAUACAAAACUGCAGAGAAGAACUAAAAUUAUGGAUCAUGUUAAUAUACCACAAGAAAUUGAAAUACCUCUCUCUAAUGAUAAUACUGAAGGAUAUCAAAAAUAUAAACUUUGGGCAGUAGUCGUGCAUUCUGGCACCUCAGCAGAAAGCGGGCAUUACUAUUGUUAUGGUCGUAAAAUCUACAAAGAAUCAGAACGUUGGUAUCUUUUCAAUGACAGUCAUGUUUCUUUUGCCCCCUUUAGCAGUAUAAAGAAUUUGACCGGGCGGUAUGCUGUAGAUACGCCAUAUAUGUUAAUGUACGCUCGCUGUGAUAGAAUAGCUCCUACAGAAGGGGUAGAAGUUGUAAGCGAAGUUCUAUCAGCGGUAAUUGAAGAUGAUAAUAAUAAAUUUGAAAAGGAGCAAAAAUUAGCAUCUGAGCGAGCUACAGCUUCUUCUAUUUCCAAUAUUCUCGGCUGGAACAAUGAUAAUGACCCACCACCCCCCUCGUGUGGUGGUGGUGACGGUACAGGCAUAGGUGGAAAUCGUCUCGUAUUUUAGUGUUGCCUACUGCGCAUGUGUUUCACAAAAAAGAAAAGAAAAUAUUAGCAACCAAUUUAUUUUUUUUACUUUGCUUCUAUUUAUUGCUUAUACUGAAAGACCUACAAGCUGCAAAUGUGCGAUACUUUUAUAAAAAUUACCAAGUGUGUAUCGAGUAUUGAGCCAAAUCUGGCCUAAAUCCAGGUUCUUAUCAAGGACCUCACCUAUAUAAAAUAUAAUGGAAGAUAUUACCAAGCUUAUUUAACCUAAUCUAAGUGUAUUUCUAUUACAUUUUCGGUAAUUUAAUUUGAAUAAUUUUUAACGUAUUUACGAAAAGUUCUAUUUAAUCAAUGUAAGGCAAUAAAAAAGUUCAAUUCAAUUUUAAAAAGAUUUGCUUUGAUUCGAUUUUAUUUUUCUUUGCUGCUCCAUUGCAGAUAAAUUAUUUCACUUUUUAACAUGAUGUUACCCACCAUAUAUGAUAAAUAUUGUUUGUCAAAAACAUAAAAGGUCUGUAUUG